AUGAAGCUGAAAUUACCAAACCCAGGACUGGAUGACCGAAUCCCGUCUCAUGAAGAUUUGGAAAGGAUGGAAACCGAGGAGGCUGGGGACAGGCCCAAAUGGGACAACAAAGCCCAGUACCUCCUCACCUGCGUGGGCUUCUGCGUGGGACUCGGUAACGUCUGGAGGUUCCCGUACCUGUGUCAAAGCCACGGAGGAGGAGCGUUCAUGAUCCCGUUCCUUAUCCUGUUGGUUCUGGAGGGAAUCCCGCUGCUGCACUUAGAGUUUGCCAUCGGUCAGCGCCUGAGAAAAGGCAGCGUGGGAGUGUGGAGAGCAAUCAACCCUUACCUGACUGGAGUUGGCAUUGCAUCGUUACUUGUCUCAUUUUUGGUCGGUAUGUAUUACAACACCAUCAUGGCCUGGAUCAUGUGGUACCUGUUCAACUCCUUUCAAGAUCCUCUUCCUUGGAGCCAAUGCCCUCUCAACGCUAACAGCACAGGUUUAGUGGCUGAGUGCGCACGGAGCACCACUGUUGACUACUUCUGGUACAGAGAGACUCUGAACACUUCAGCAGCCAUCGAUGACGCUGGAGGUUUGCAGUGGUGGAUGGUGCUGGCCCUGUUCGCUGCCUGGACUCUGCUGUAUGUGUGCUGCAUUCGAGGCAUUGAGACUUCUGGCAAGGCUGUCUACAUCACCUCCACUCUCCCAUAUCUUGUCCUCACAAUCUUCCUCAUCAGAGGAUUGACUCUCAAAGGCUCUACACAGGGAAUAAAGUACCUCUUCACACCAGAUGUGGAUGAGUUAAUGAAUCCACAGACUUGGUUGGAUGCAGGAGCUCAGGUUUUCUACUCCUUCUCCUUGGCUUUCGGGGGCCUCAUCUCUUUCUCCAGUUACAACUCUGUUCACAACAACUGUGAGCAAGACGCCGUUCUCAUCUCCAUCAUCAAUGGCUGCACCUCGGUUUACUCUGCAACGGUGAUCUACUCCAUCAUCGGUUUCAGGGCAACGCAGAAAUUUGAUGAAUGCCAGGGAGAUAACAUCCUGCAUCUCAUCAAUGCCUUUGACUACCCUGAAAACUCCAUCACAAUAGACAACUACGACCAGGUCCUGACCAACCUAAAUCAGACAAAUCCAGAUAUCAUCCAAGGUUUGCCGUUAAAAACCUGCGACAUGCAGAAUUUACUCAGUCAGGGUGUGGAGGGAACAGGCCUGGCUUUCAUCGUGUUCACAGAGGCCAUCAUCAAGAUGCCUGUUUCGCCUCUCUGGGCAGUCCUCUUUUUCAUCAUGCUCUUCUGUCUCGGCCUUUCGACUAUGUUUGGGAACAUUGAGGGAGUGGUGGUUCCCCUUCAAGACCUUAGAAUUCUUCCUCAAACUUGGCCUAAAGAAGUUUUUACUGGUCUUACUUGCUUAAUAUCCUUUGCUCUUGGGCUCAUAUUCACCCUACGCUCUGGGAACUACUGGCUAGCUCUUUUUGACAACUUUGCAGGCUCAAUCCCCCUCCUAGUCAUCGGAUUCUGUGAAAUGUUUUCCGUUAUCUACAUCUAUGGGAUUGAUAGGUUCAAUAAGGACAUUGAAUUUAUGGUUGGCCACAAGCCCAAUAUUUUCUGGCAGGCGACAUGGAGAGUGAUUAGCCCACUCAUUAUGAUCUUCAUCCUGAUUUUCUACUUUGUUACCCAAGUCACCAAAGAUUUAACCUAUCUGGUGUGGGAUGAGGAAGCGGCGAACUUUCCCGUACUGGAAGCGCGUCCCUAUCCCUCUUGGAUCUACGUCAUCAUCUUUAUCCUUGCUGGAAUUCCCAGUUUGGCCAUCCCCAUUUUUGCCCUCUUUAAAUUUUUCCAGAGGAAAUGCUGCAAGGACAAAAGCUACAAAGAUCACCCAGUGGACACUAUCUCAGCCAAAAUAGAAAUGAACGGCAAAGCAAAGUUCUAGGUUGAUGUCGCCUUGAUUGUUUAAUGUGACUGAUGUGUACCUGCUUUUAUUGAUGUGUACUAUGCACAAGAUUGCGACUGCUGACUAUGAUCUUUGAAAAACAGAUGUAAAUUUUUAAGUUGUUAGUUAGUUUCUGCAUGAUUGUGCACUUUGGUAGAUUUAUUAUAGGUCCUACAGGACACCCAACGGCUGCUUAGCUUAUCUUGGCAGAAGGAAACAGGUUGACCUGCUGUGUGCAUAAAAUAUGCUUACAAGCGUCUAAAGCUCAAUAAUUAACAUGUUCUCAGAUUUCAUCUGUAUGGGGUGCACAAAGAAAAAAAACAUGGCUGAGCAUUUUUCUCCUGUUUCCACACAAAGUAGUAAUGUUAAGUUAACCAGUCAGUGGUUGUAGCUUCAUAUAACACAUAGAUAAAAAAAAAAAAACACUAGUAUUAAUCAUCUCAUUUAUUCUUAUUUAAAAAAAACUGAAACCUGUUUCUGAACUAUUCUUUUGAUAUUUUAAAUGUACUACGCAUGUAUGUCUAAUACAGACAAUCGACUAAUUAUGGGACAAAUCCUGACCAUCGUUCCCUAGAGUGAUGGCUUUGCAGUCACUAAAUCUUUCAGAAGAAUGGUAUUCAUUCAUUCAAUCAAUGCAAAGAUGAACUGAAGCUGCUUUGGUGUCACGUGGCAACCAGCAUAUUACUAAGACACUUUAUAUUGCAUUUUCCUGUGGUGUGCCAAGUGCCUCUAUAGAUGAGGUUUAUUUUAAUAUUUUGUAAAUAAUCAUUGGAGUAAGUAAGAUUUUUACACACUGUAAUAAUGUCUUAGAUUUUUUCAAGCUGGAAAACUACCUUUCAGCCCCCUUUUGUGUUGUUUGGUUAUUGUGUUUUUAAGGCGACUGUUGUAAACUUCUACCUUGUGAUGUACAGUUCCAAGAAAAGGUUUGUGAAACCUUUGGAAUGACCAGGAUUUAUGCACUGAUCCUGACCUGAGGCACAACUAUUGAUAAACAUCGUCUGACUAAACUAGC